CUCUGCUCCUCUCCUGCGCCGUCUGGCCGGCGCGAUCUCUGCAAGCCGUGCGCCCCACCGCACGAUGCAGUGCGUCCCAGCCAGGGCAGGGCGGGGCAGCGGGCAGUGCUGGCAGCAGGGCCUUCUCUGCCUAUGCGAAACUGCGCGGUGCACUGGGGUGACGCGUACCUGGUGGGACGAGUCACUCCAGAUGAGGACGAGGAGGAGGGAAGAAGGAGGCAGUGGACCGGGGAAGAGGAGGAGGAGGAGGCGCACUGCCCGACCGGACGGACCGGUGGAUGCACGAGCCCGCGGGGCAUGGGCGGCGGACCGCACGGGGCGGGUGAGACCAGGCUGCUGCGCGCAGGCGCCAGCUGGGGCUGCCAGCUGGGGCCAGCAGGGGCGCCAGCUGUGGCAGCUGGGGGCAGCUCGGCCUCUGGGCCAUGUCGAAAACUUGAAAAACAGCUUCGCUAUCACAAGGGGCGCCGCCACCUUUCUGGCAACACCUUCACAUUUGUCUCAAUACAACUAUGCGCUGGCCGAGCCUUGCGCGCACAGACCAGCGCAUGCUAACAGUGCAAUAGAAAAGGUUGAUAGCGUUCGCAAGGCAACUCGGGAUCACAUGUGCCUAAACGAAAACAUGUUCCGGUUGAGGGCCACAAUGCAAUCCACGAGAAGU